GACAAUGGGCCGACUAGAUCCAAGGGCCGUACGGGCUCCCAAACUCAAGGGCUGUUAUUUACGGGUUCCAUAUGGGCUCCAUAUAAGAAAAGGCCGGAUCAGACUGGGUUAUAUCUCUAAAGGGCUUAUAUGGAUUGGAUUUUAGGCAUUGGCCCAAUGUCAGCUCGUGGACCGUGAGAAAGGGCCGGCCCAUGGACUCCGAAGAAAGGGCUAGGCUUUGCUGCGUGCGUCUUCUCUCCUAUCCCCCGUGCGGCAGCGCUGCUGCGAGGCGACGGCGGCGGUGGCGGCGCCCUCCAAGCAGCUUCCGUCCGGCGGCGUACCCUCGAAGAACCUUCUCUCCUCGCCGAGAAUUGAAGCCCCUGCACUGCCGCCGCCACCACUCGCCAUCAUAUUCAGUGUGUGGUAUUAUGGAAAGAGUUUCAUCAGCAACCGCAACAGAGGUUGAGGAUGCUAUAUCCAUUGAUCAGUCAGGCAGGUCAGGGAAAAAGAGAGCCAAAGUUUGGGCUUAUAUUGACACAGAACUCAUUGAUGGAGUGGAGAAGGCUGUCUGCAAGUAUUGUAAGCUUCAGUUAUCUUCUGUGCCAGGGAAAGGAACAACUCAUUUGAACAGGCAUAUUGGAUAUUACUGCCAUCAUAUCCCUCAAGAGGACAGGGAUACAUUCUUAGCAUCUUUGAAGAACACGCCCCGUAGAGAUAAUUCUGUGUUCGAUCCUGUGGUAUUCAGAGGCCUCAUUGCCAAGUAUAAUUCUGUAGAAGCUUUGUGAACUGUCAUUAUUGUUGGAACCUUAACCAUAGUUCAUUUUGUU